AUGUUGCUUGAUUUUAUUGAGGAAAAUCGGCAACAACAAAUCAUAGAAGAUGCAUUGAGAUAUGUGGUUAACACCACCAUGCAACAACAAGAAGAAGAUGUUCCACGUCAAAGAAAACGAAGGGAAGUUAUACCACGUAAUCGUGAAGCAGCACAUGAUCAGUUGAUUGCUGACUAUUUCAGCGAACAACCAUUGUAUGGUGAUGAUAAGAUUCGACGUAGGUUUCGCAUGCGGAAACCUCUAUUUACGAAGAUAAUGCAGUAUGCGUUUGGCGCUUCUCCAAUACAGAAGUGCACAACGACUAUAAGGAUGUUAGCACAUGGCUGUGCAGCUGAUCAAGUUGACGAGUACCUCAAGCUUGGGGCAACUACGGCUAGACAUUGUAUCACGCACUUCGUUGACGGAGUGAUUCGUGAAUUCUCAGCAGAGUACUUAAGGAAACCAACCCCUGAAGAUAUGAAUCGCCUUCUAAGAGAAGGAGAGGAAAGAGGUUUUCCUAGUAUGUUGGGAAGUAUCGAUUGCAUGCAUUGGGAGUGGAAAAAUUGUCUAGCGGGGUGGAAAGGGAUGUAUCAAGGGCGAUCAAAAACGGCGACGGUUAUCUUAGAAGCUGUUGCAUCUUGUGAUUUGUGGAUAUGGCAUGCCUUUUUUGGUACACCUGGAUCCUGCAACGAUAUAAAUGCCCUUCAACGUUCACCCGUCUUCGACGACAUUUUAAAUGGUCAUGCUCCACAAAUUCAGUUUACCGUGAAUGGAAAUACUUACAAUCAGGGGUAUUAUCUCACAGAUGGGAUCUACCCAAAAUGGGCAACAUUUAUAGAUGCAAUAACUGCACCGCAAACCCCUAAACAACGAUUGUUUACUACCAAACAAGAGAGUAUUAGAAAAGAUGUAGAGCGUGCAUUUGGAGUGUUGCAAGCUCGAUUUGCCAUUAUAAGACGUCCUGCUUUGGCAUGGAGUGUCGAAAUGUUGUGGAAAAUUGUUAUGGCGUGUAUUAUCAUGCACAAUAUGAUCGUGGAAGAUGAGCGCGAAAGUUAUCUUAAUUAUUGGGAUCCUAAUGAGUUUGCUGCUGAACAACUCGAGUAUUUAGCAGGAACUUCAAACCGAAGAGGAACGACUUUCACCGUAACCCCGCGCUACCAAAAUCCUAAUCUAACCACAUUAAUGGCUACACCAGAAAAUCUCCACGAUAAACAAACUCAUAUGUCACUUAAACAAGAUUUGGUAGAACAUUUGUGGGCAAGAUUUGGGCAUACUAGUAAUCGGUAA